GAGAAGAGGAAGCGGCCUCCCCCACACCCGUCAGAGCAUAUAUUUUAUUUAUUGCAUAUAUAGAUAUAUAUAUAUAGAUUAUUUUUAAAUAGCUAUUGCAGAAAGACGAGCAGAUGUAUACUUAGACACAUACACUAGCAGAGAAUAAAGUAUAUAGAUAUUUAUAAUUACAGGUAUAUUUAUUAUUAGUGUUUAGAGGGUGAGAGAGAGAGGCAGUCAUGGCCCAGCCAGCAGAUAAGAAGUUUUUCGAGAACCUGUCCGGAUCUGGUAAAGCAAUUGGAGUCUUAACCAGCGGAGGCGAUGCCCAAGGUAUGAAUGCUGCAGUUCGCGCUGUGGUGCGAAUGGGAAUCUACGUUGAAGCUAAAGUGUACUUCAUUUACGAGGGGUACCAAGGAAUGGUGGAUGGCGGGGACAACAUCGUGGAAGUAUCCUGGGAAAGUGUGUCAAGCAUCUUACAAGUGGGUGGGACCGUCAUCGGUAGCGCUCGUUGCAAGGCGUUUCGGACUCGCGAAGGUCGCUUGCAGGCCGCUUGCAAUUUAAUUCAACGCGGAAUCACUAAUCUGUGCGUUAUCGGAGGAGACGGCAGUUUGACCGGGGCAAACCUUUUCCGAACCGAGUGGAGUGGCCUUCUGGAGGAGCUGGUGAAAAACGGCAAAAUUGAGCCAGCAGCAGCAAAGAGCCAUUCACAUCUGAACAUAGUGGGAAUGGUGGGAUCCAUUGAUAAUGACUUUUGCGGAACUGACAUGACAAUCGGAACCGAUUCUGCUCUGCACAGAAUCAUUGAGGUCGUAGACGCCAUCAUGACCACAGCCCAAAGCCACCAGAGGACCUUUGUUUUGGAGGUCAUGGGGAGACACUGUGGAUACCUUGCCCUUGUCAGCGCUUUAGCUUGUGGUGCGGACUGGGUGUUCAUCCCUGAAAGUCCUCCAGAAGAAGGAUGGGAAGAUAUAAUGUGUAACAAACUAUCCGAGAACCGCGCAAGAAAGAAAAGACUGAACAUUAUCAUCGUCUCCGAAGGAGCCAUCGACUGCCAUAACAAUCCAAUCAGUUCGGAAAGGAUUAAGGAUCUGGUGGUCAAACGACUGGGAUUUGACACGCGUGUAACUAUACUGGGUCACGUUCAAAGAGGUGGAACACCUUCAGCCUUCGAUAGAAUAUUGGCAAGUCGAAUGGGAGUCGAAUGCGUCUUGGCCCUCCUCGAGGCUACACCGGAGACUCCGGCCUGCGUGGUGUCUUUAUGCGGAAACCAAGCUGUACGUCUGCCGCUCAUGGAAUGUGUGCAGAUGACCCAAGAAGUCCAAAAAGCAAUGGAUGAAAGAAGGUUUGAGGAUGCUGUGAGGUUGCGUGGAAGGAGCUUUGAAAACAAUCUCAACACAUAUAAGCUACUCUCCCACAAGAAAGCCGUGUCUGAACUCCCGAAGAGUAAUUUCAACGUGGCGGUUUUAAAUGUCGGAGCUCCCGCAGCCGGUAUGAAUGGGGCCGUGAGGUCUGCGGUCAGGGUGGGAAUUACUGAAGGACACAAAAUGUUUGCAGUCAACGACGGAUUUGAAGGAUUUGCCAAUGGGCAGAUUAAAGAGAUAAAAUGGGGAGACGUUGGCGGCUGGACAGGUCAAGGUGGAUCACUUCUUGGAACUAAACGUACUCUUCCCGCUAAGUACCUGGAUAAGAUUGCAGACCAGAUACGCGCUAAUAACAUCAACGCCCUCCUCGUUAUUGGAGGAUUUGAGGCCUACCUGGGACUGCUGGAACUGGCCGAUGCCCGAGGGAAGUAUGAAGAGCUCUGUAUCCCUAUGGUCAUGGUCCCGGCCACUGUCUCCAACAAUGUACCGGGUUCUGAUUUCAGCAUUGGUGCAGAUACCGCUCUGAACACUAUAACAGAUGCUUUUGAGAGUUUGCUCCAGUUGGCCGAGGCUCGCACUCGCUACGAGGAGUUUUGCAUUCCCAUGUGCAUUGUACCCGCCACCAUUAGCAACAAUGUCCCCGGCACUGAUUUAAGUCUUGGCGCUGAUACCGCUCUCAAUGCUAUCAUGGAGACUUGCGAUCGCAUCAAGCAAUCAGCCAGUGGGACAAAGCGCCGGGUGUUCAUCAUUGAAACCAUGGGAGGAUACUGCGGUUAUUUAGCCAACAUGGGCGCCCUCGCUGCCGGUGCUGACGCCGCAUACAUCUUCGAAGAACAGUUCGACAUCCGUGAACUCCAAGCAAACGUGGAACAUUUAACGGAAAAGAUGAAGACCACCAUCCAGAGAGGUCUUGUUCUCAGGAAUGAGAAUUGUAAUGAGAACUACACGACGGAUUUCAUAUACCAGCUGUAUCUGGAAGAAGGAAAAGGCGUGUUUGACUGUAGAAAAAACGUACUGGGUCACAUGCAGCAGGGGGGUGCACCUUCUCCGUUUGACAGAAAUUUUGGCACAAAAAUUUCAGCAAAAGCCGUUCAGUGGAUUUCCCGCAAACUAAAGGAAACGUAUCGAAAAGGAAGAAUCUUUGCGAAUGCAGAGGAUAGCGUGUGCCUGUUGGGGAUGCGCCGGCGCAACCUGCUUUUCCAGCCGGUCGUUCAAUUGAAAGAUGAGACGGACUUCAAGCACAGGAUCCCGCAGGAACAAUGGUGGCUGAAACUCCGACCUCUGAUGAAAAUCCUGGCCAAAUAUAAGACCAGCUACGAUAUUUCCGACGCCGGCCAGCUGGAGCACGUCCAUGUGCGCCGGCCAAGAGAUGCCGAAGCAGGAGGCAUCUGAGACGCCCGUUAACCCUGUCCUAUAGCUACCUUCUGUACUAGUUCAUGUUAGAAUAUAUCGGUUACCACGUUGUCUCUUGUUAUUUAAAUUUUUAUGGUUCCAGCACUUUAUGUCCACACAAUUUCCUUGACCUUGGAAAGAUGUAGAAAGAAAAACAAACA